AUGUUUUUUAUGUCAUAUGUUUCAGCUGUACAAAACAUCAUGAUAUUGAGGAAAUUUGCUGGUUUUAACACUGGCUUCCUUCUGCCUGCUAGUCUCUUGGUUUCUGGAACCAAAUCGUGUUUGACACCGGGGCCUUUUCUUUCGUCUUGCAUUAUCAAACGAAUUAUUUUCUUAAAAGACGAAUUUCCCAUUUAUAACCUGUCCUUCCAUUUCUUCAUAAUUUCCUUGUCAUUUCUUUCAAUUGCGACAUUAUUCUGCCAACUGAGUGAACAAUACAAAAUUCGUCAGGUUGAUGGAGAAAUCCCAACAAAAUCAUAUUUUGAACACAAAGAAAUCAUCCUGUUUUUUUGUUUCUCUCAUUGCAUUUCCUGGUUUGAAAGAUGUUUCAGCUUAAUCUUCUUCUGCGCCUCUGCUUUCUCCUUUAUACAAUUCUCCUUCCACGUUACAAAAGAGAGUCCAUUUUUCUAA